AAAACAUUUUGCAACCAGGAAGUGAUAUUUGUUCUAAUUUUGACACUGAUUCAUGAUCACGUAAACCAGUAUCGGUGCUGAAUGCCAGUUGCAAUGGGCAUUUUCAGUAACUGUCAGGCUGUAUUAGAAUUUGGAACCAGCAUAAGAUUCAAGGAAAAGAAGGCACUCCAAACUGAUGUGACAGAUAAUGGGGGUGUCAUAUCAUACAUAAUCACAAAGAAGAGCAGCUUUGUUGUGGCUGUUGGGAUAAGCAAUGCAGAGGAUACCUACAAAUGCCGUACUGCCCAGAAGCUGGGAAUCCCGAUCGUUUCUGCAAACUUCAUUCGAGAUUCCAUUGAGGCGGGAAAACUUCUUGACCACGAUGGCUAUCUCAUGGCAGGAAAAACCAGAGCUGAGGAAUUCAAAACAGGAAAAAUAACUGGGAAAGCUGUUACCAAAUUGACCCAGAAGAAGAAGCUGAACGUAAACAUUUCAAGCAUCAAAGUUUGGAACUCUGAUGACAACUCUGCCCCUGACUUCAACCAUGAGAGGUUCCAGGUUGCAAAGUUUGCACUGUUCAUGGUUCCUCCGAAGGAUCAAAAGUCACAGAAGUUUGGGAAACAGACCCCAAAGAAGGAAGACCCAGAAACCGGUGAUAUGUAUUCAGUUGAACUCCAUGCCGAUCCCGAAGCACAUGAUAACCAGAUGAAGUACAGGAUCUUCACCAGCUAUGGACCAUUUUCAUUGGCUGAGCACAAAAACCUAAGCCGUUACAUGAACUCCAUAGAUGAAGCCCUUGCGGUGUAUUCAAGUGUCUACAAGGAUUAUCCUGAGAAGAAACCUUUCAAAGGUCAACUGCCAGGUCAUAUUGGAUCCAGGAAGCUGAAACAGGCGUAUCGUGAAAAGAGUGUCGGUGGCGCUCAGCUUGAUUCACACAUUUCUAAAGUUGUCAGCCACCUGUGGACUGAGGCUAUGGGGGAGUUAGGUGACGUUGUCUCUCUCCCUUUGAGCAGCAUUGGCAAUGAGAAGGUAGAGAAAGGAGAAAGUCUUCUGAAGGAGCUACUGACGGCCUUGGAUAAGGGAAAACCCCAGGAUGAACUGCAACGAUUAUCGGACGAGUUCUAUGUAGAGAUCCCGCAUCAUCCCAAGCACCGUGAGCUCCUCAAUAGCAAGAAGCUUCUUGCAAAGAAGCAGGAUCUCUGCCAGUUGAUCCGUGACAUGUAUGCAGUGGCCGAGGCUACCAACUGGAGCAGCAGGUGUAGCCCUGAUGCUCAGUACAAUGCCUUGAAUUGUGAGAUUGAACUACUGACGGAGAAGAGUGAGAGGCAGAAGAUACAUGAUUUACUCAGGGAGUCUGUUUUUCCCGGUGAACCUGUGCCAUCUUUCCGCGUCUUCACCGUGGUCCGUCCGUUGGAGGAUCAGAAUUUCUCGAGCAACAUCCACAACAAGGAGCUGCUCUUCCAUGCAUCUGGUGUCCACAACUUUGUUGGGAUUCUGUCGAGGGGAUUGUUGCCACCGAAGGUGAUUGUGGACGACUACGGUGGAACAAGAUCAGAUAUUGGAAUGCUUGGCAGUGGAAUGUACUUCUCCAACUCUACAACAACGAGUCUGAAGUAUUCUUCGCCCAGCAAGACAUUGCAUUCUCGCAUGAUGGCGGUGAGCGAAGUUGCCUUGGGUGAUGUCUACAAGACGCAUAGAUAUGACACAGAGCUGAAGGCGCCCCCUAAUGGCUACCACAGUGUUCUUGGUGUGAGCAAAAUACACGGUAGUGAGUCGCAAUUUGUGGAUGACGAGUACGUGAUAUAUGAUACAAAGCAGCAGAGAAUCAAAUACCUUGUUGAGUUCUGGCUCCCAGAAGAUGGAUAUAGGCCAGAAUAUCAGUUCGAUCAAGCAGAGGUUGAGGAUAGUGAUGUUGCUCAUGAUGAUCGGGUGACAGGCAUCGAUCUGAAAGACAUUCAAAAUGUCAAGAAUCCACUUGAUGAUGUUGCACUGGGCCUGGUUUCGAAGUCAGAUGCCAAAGUUCCUCUGGAAUCCGUCCAUGUUCGUGCUCAGCUGAUUGAUCUAGCAGGAAAGGUUGUUGUAUUACAAGAGUACCGCAAUGACAGCUCGAUACCAAUAGAGGCCAAGUAUGUUUUCCCGCUGGAUGAGAUGGCAGCUGUGUGUGGAUUCGAAGCAUUCAUAAAUGGCAAGCAUAUUGUCGGCGAGGUGAAAGAAAAAGAGACGGCUCAUCGUGAAUAUAAACAGGCGAUUGCUGAAGGUCAUGGGGCGUACCUCAUGGAUCAGGACGAGGAGACUCCCGAGAUCUUCACCGUUAGCGUUGGAAACCUGCCUCCCUAUGCUUCCGUACUCAUCAAGAUCACUUAUGUCGCAGAGUUACAAGUGGAGGAGGAGAAGAUAAACUUUGUUAUCCCAGGCAGUGUGGCCCCCUGGAAGAAAGAUAAAGCACUUGGAGAGAUUACACAGACCACACAUGAUACCGUCAAAGUAGAUGAGGAUACUGACGAUCUGUCCAUCCAAGUUUCUGUGGAGAUGCCGUUCCCCAUCCGGAGUAUUGAGAGCCCGACACACAGAGUUGCUAUAAAGAGAACUGAAACCAAGGCAGUAGUUAUGAUGAAGGAGAACCAGUCGAUUGGCUCAAGUUUCCUCCUACAGAUUAGUCUCGCCGAGAUCCAUGUCCCCAGGAUGUGGGUCGAGCGAGACUCUGAAAAAAAUCUGGAUGACGAACAAUUCGAGGCCUCUAUGCUGACCUUCUACCCAGAGUUUGAAACUGAGGAAAACCCGAGCUUUGAAGUAGUGUUUCUGCUCGAUUGCUCCAACUCGAUGGACCACUCUUCAUCGAUGGAAGCAAGGAAGAUACUACUGCUCGCGCUGCAUCAUCUCGAUUCUCAGUGCAGCUUCAAUGUUGUCAAGUUCGGCACAGGUUUUGACGAGUUAUUCCCAUCGAGUCAGUUAAAGACGAAACAGAAUGUCAAAAUGGCAGAAAAUUUCUUGCAGAAUGUAGCCAACCUCGGCAACACAGAUGCCUACAAGCCGUUGUUUUCAUACUUCCUGCUGCCACCUGUGGACACAGUGAGAAACAUCUUCCUGAUCUCCGACGGCCAUGUGACCAACUCUGAUGCAACCCUGGCUUCGUUGAGGAAUAACUUCAAACACACUCGACUCUUCACAUUAGGUGUCAGUUCGUCCGCUAACCGCCACAUGUUGAGGAGUCUUGCACAAGCCGGGGCUGGAUUCUUUGAGUAUUUUGACAGUAAAACUAAAUCCAAGUGGGAGGGCAAGAUCAUUGCUCAACUCCACAAGGCCUCACAACCUGUGCUAACCUCAGUAAGCAUAGAAUGGAAACAACAUGACAACUAUCGGAGAUAUUGUAUGCAAGCCCCGGCAAAAGUCACAUCUCUCUUCAGUGGGUCGAGGUUGGUUGUCUACGGCUAUGUACAGGAUUGUACACAGGCAACUUUGACUGCGAUUGUUGAUGGAAGAGAGGUGUCUACAAUCGUCUCAACAUCUGAAUUGAGUAUAUCGGCUGGCAAGAUUGUUCAUCAGUUAACCGCACGAGCAGCCAUCCGGGAUUGGGAAACUGGUCUUCUUGAUGACAACAGAACUGAGCACGAGGUCGUGAAGCGAAACAGGAAAAGUUACAUUAUUGAUCUCAGUAAGGAAUAUUCUAUUGUGACGCAGUUCACCAGUUUUGUGGCGAUUGAAAAGCGUGAAAAGGACGAAGAGUUUCAUGAUCCACACAUAUCUGAUCUGGUCGAGAAUGAAGAUGUUGAUAUUCUGGAUUACAUGGAGUAUGAAGGAGAAUGUCCGUCCAGGGAGGACAGUGAGUCGGAGUCGGGGUCCAGCGUGGACAGUGAGUCCGAGUUGAGGUCGGGUUCCACAUAUGAUGACUAUGACGUCUGUGAGGCACUGUCACUACCCCAGUUGGCGGAAUCAUCCAGUACCAUCUGGGCUGAUGACAUUCAGCCAAUCACGUUUCAGGCAGGAAGGUCCAGCUCAAGGAUCGAGUCAUUCGAUGAGUUUCAGGAUUUAGAUGAGGGAAGUCUUGAUUUCGAUGACUAUGAACUCUCCUCAGAUGCAGUGGCCGACGCUCCAGAAUAUUUGGAUCUUGCAACAGACACUUUAGCAAGAGUUGCUGAGAUAGAACAGUCUUUGAAAAGACCCUCACCACCUGAAGCAUCAAUAAGACGUAGACUACCCCUACCCCCACCACCAGCACACCCAGCCCCACCAAUAGCACGGGCAAGUUACAGAUCUGCAGUUUUUACAAACGAAGCUAAGGCAGGUUUUGCAGGAGCCUACAGAGGUGGACCAAUAAUGGCUGAUGCAUUACCACCACCAUCACCACCUAUGAGAGGAGGUGGAUCAACUCCACCACCACCACCCGGGGCAGGUUUUGCAGGAGCCUCCAGAGGUGGACAAUUAAUGGCUGAUUCACCACCACCACCACCACCCAGGGCAGGUUUUGCAGGAGCCUCCAGAGGUGGACAAUUAAUGGCUGAUUCACCACCACCACCACCACCCAGGGCAGGUUUUGCAAGAGCCUCCAGAGGUGGACAAUUCAUGUUUAAUUCACCACCACCACCACCACCACCCGGGGCAGGUUUUGGAGAAGCCUCCAGAGGUGGACAAUUAAUGGCUGAUUCACCACCACCACCACCACCACCACCACCACCCGGGGCAGGUUUUGCAGGAGCCUCCAGAGGUGGACAAUUUAUAAUGGCUGAUUCAACACCACCUUCACUUAUGCCCAAGUCAUCUGUAUUAAUGGCUAUGCGAGAACUCCCUUCACCAUUACCUAAAGUGGCUGCUACUAGAGAUACGACACACUCGCUUACAACACCAGUCGAUGCAGGUUUGAAAGUAAUGGCAGGAAGGCAUAUAAGAAUGGGGAUGAAAAGUCUGCCAGCAAAAAGCCUCGAUGCAUCACUUGAUGACAUUGUGAAACCUACAACCGAUAAACCAGAUGUAAGGGAACAUGCUUUUUCACGAGCGAGGCCCCGGAGGUUGUCUGAGUUGAAUAAAAGCCAACGGCUGGGGAUCAGCGAUGCACCAGAACCAGUUUCAUAUGGCGUAUACAGUUCAAUGGCAGAUGAGAGGGAGAUGGGUGCAGAGACUGUUGAAGUUGCUGCUCCUACACCAAAACCUAGACCGAGGGUAAGUGAAGAGGCAGUUUUGAUUGAUGAGACAUGUGGGAGUAAUUUGUUUGAUUCUAGUUCUCUUCUCGUGGAUGAAGUUGAUGGUGCUGAGCGGCAAGGUUUGGUGUCUAGUAGUAUGUCACGUUUGAACAAGAAAGUCUUGGGUUGGCCUAAUCAUGCCAGUUCUCAUCUGGCUCAUCCUUUAUAUAACCUUACCAAUCAUACUUUUGGUUCUAACAGUCGUGCAUUUGCCCCAACCAGUCCUACAUACGGCCCAACUAGUCCUUCAUAUAGCCCGACUAGUCCUACAUACAGCCCAACCAGUCCUUCAUAUAGCCCGACUAGUCCUACAUACAGCCCAACCAGUCCUUCAUUCGGCCCAACUAGUCCUUCAUAUAGCCCGACUAGUCCUACAUACAGCCCAAGCAGUCCUUCAUACGGCCCGACCAGUCAUUCAUAUAGCCCGACUAGUCCUGUCUUUAAACCGACCAGUCCUUCAUUAGUCAAACCUGAUUGGUUACAUUUUCAGCCAACUAGCCCUUCCUCUCCAAUGCAUGCAAGACCUGAGCAUGGUGAGAAAACCCUCUUGCCCUGUUCUUUGAAUUCCGAUAACAAAGUUACUAAAAUAACUGUUGAAUCAGAAGCUUCACGUAUUGACGAAAGACCAAAGUUUGGAGAAAUAAAAUCAUCAUUGUUUGGCUCAGUAUCUCGAACAGGUGGAUUGGUAGGAACACGAACAUCCCAGUCUGGAGCUCCAUCUGAAACGGGUGGCUUUGGAGGAACACAAACAUCCUUGUUUGGAGCUCCAUCUCAAACAGGUGGCUUUGCAGGAACACAAACAUCCUUGUUUGGAGCUCCAUCUCAAACAGGUGGUUUUGGAGGAACACAAACAUCCUCAUUUGGAGCUCCAUCUGAAACGGGUGGCUUUGGAGGAACACAAACAUCCUUGUUUGGAGCUCCAUCUGAAACGGGUGGCUUUGGAGGAACACAAACAUCUUCAUUUGGAGCUCCAUCUGAAACGGGUGGCUUUGGAGGAACACAAACAUCCUUGUUUGGAGCUCCAUCUGAAACGGGUGGCUUUGGAGGAACACAAACAUCCUCAUUUGGAGCUCCAUCUGAAACAGUAGGCUUUGGAGGAACACAAACAUCCUUGUUUGGAGCUCCAUCUCAAACAGGUGGCUUUAGAGGAACACAAACAUCUUCAUUUGGAGCUCCAUCUGAAACAGUAGGCUUUGGAGGAAUACAAACAUCUUUGUUUGGAGCUCCAUCUGAAACGAGUGGCUUUGGAGGAACACAAACAUCCUCAUUUGGAGCUCCAUCUGAAACAGUAGGCUUUGGAGGAACACAAACAUCCUUGUUUGGAGCUCCAUCUCAAAUGGGUGGCUUUGGAGGAACACAAACAUCCUCGUUUGUAGCGCCAGCUAAGUCAGGUGGUUUUGGAGCAUCUUCACAACCAUCUGGGUUCGAUGCUCCAGCGCAGUCAAGUUCUUUCGUUGGAGCGACGUUGGAGCAAACGUCUGGAUUUCGAGUACAGGCUCUACCAAUUGCUUUUGGAGCAACAUCCCAAAAACCAUCUGGGUUUGGAUUUGGAGUACCAGCUCAGUCAAGUGCUUUUGGGGCAGCAACACAACAACAAUCGGGAUUUUCCUUUGGGGCACCAGCUCAGCCAAGUGCUUUUGGGGUAACACCCCAAAAACCAUCUGGAUUUGGAUUUGGAGUUCAAGCUCAGUCAAGUGGUUUUGGGGCAACAACACAACCACAAUCUGGAUUUAGAUUUGGAGUACCAGGUCAGUCAAGUGCUUUUGGGGCAGCAACACAACAACAAUCGGGAUUUUCCUUUGGGGCACCAGCUCAGCCAAGUGCUUUUGGGGUAACACCCCAAAAACCAUCUGGAUUUGGAUUUGGAGUACCAGCUCAGUCGAGUGUCCUUUUAAGAGCUGCUGCAAAACCUGUCAUUCAAGAUAAGCAAUCAACAAAGCGAGUAUUAUUAUCCAUCCCUUCUGAAGAACCAUUGCCUAAACAUGAUCCAGUGCCACUUCUGAAGAAGACAAUAAAUGAGAAAAAAAGCGCUUGCUGGGGUGGUCCACCGAGUGAUUUUGCUGAGAGUUUUGGCAGUGAUCAGUUGAAGGAACUCGUGGCUGAGAUGCAGUUACAAGGUGAUCUUAAAGAAGAUGAUGUGUAUGAGAUUUCUGAGAUGCUGAAGGAGGUGGAAAAGGCUGAGGAACAUGACAAAUCGGACAAAACGGCUUUUGGUGGAUCUCAGCGGACAUGUCCUCCAAAUUAUUGGAUAGAUUCCUCCGAUGAUGAGUGUCUGGUUGGCUCUGUCCUGAGCACUGAAGAUGGAGAAGAGGUUGGCGAAAUACAAGCAAGGAGGAGCUCAGAUGUUGGACCAGCAGCCAAAACGGUGAUGCUUGAUGCUCCAAAGACUGGUCCAACAACGUAUUUGAUUAGAUCUUCAAAUAAAGAAAUUCCAGUUGCUCCUGAAGUGCAUGAUCAUAUGCUGGGUGAGAUAGAGGAUGUUACUCCAAAGGAGAAGCGUGGAGCGGUGAGGGAAAAACGGGAUUCGGUUUUUGAGACAUACGACAUUUUGGAGCAAGGACCAGUAGAACAACAACAUAAAAAAUGUAUCAAAGACAUAUUUGACACCAAUCCUUAUGCAUCACAAGAUUCUGAGGGUUACUUCAGUGACACAGCUAUUCGAAACGUCCUCCUUGAUAAGAAGAUGAAAAAGCUAACCGGUGCUGAAAUUGAAGAAUUGGUCAGAAAUGGCAAUAGUUCAUACCCUGAGGAAAUGUUUUGGGAUUUCUCUAAUCCUGCCAUUUACGAAUGUCUGCUUGGUGUGUCUGUUGAGACUUGUCGUAAUCUACUUCAAGAUGCUGGUUUGCAGUCUUUGGGUGCCAAGGCUGUGCUCGAAAUUAGUCGCUUGGUGGCAACAUUGAUUGUAAUAUAUCACGUUGUCCACAGUCUGACUGAUUGGGUCACGAAGAAAAGAUGCCUGUUGAAGGAGGGUUACAUCGAAUGUGGACAAGAAAGCACUUUAAGAGCCCUCAAAAUGGCGAAGACGUUUUGUCAAGCGAGGGAAAGAGGUUUCCCACUCACAUACUCGACCUUGGAACUCGGCAGUAGCUGGGACAAUGUGAUUCAGAAGUGGCUAGAAAUCAUUUGAACUGAUGCUGGUCUGUGUACAAGUAAAUAAAAGGUGGACAAUAGAGAGAUAUUCAGAUUUUGAUCCGAGAACCCGGUGGUACUUUGCCUGUUGUCGGAAAUGCAAUGAAACUGUCCUCAUUGUGUGGUAUUCCUAGAAACAUUACAAAACAUCACAAACCUUAAUGAAGUCCAACAGACGGAGUGAGAAAUUAUCAUCCUCAUUCUUGGAUUAAAAUCUGAACUGAAUUCAACUCUUGCCCUAACUUAGUCUAUGCUACUUGAUCACAUGGAACAUUCCCCAGGAACCACCAGGUGCGAUGUUAUUUGUCCUCUCCUGUAUUUACAAUUGUGCCAAUUAUGAUGUGAGGAUGCGUGGCUUCAAAUCUUUAGGAGAACAUGUAGAUGUCUAUUUUCAUUUUAUUUGUACAUGAAUGUUCACUGAGUGGAUCAUAAUCUAUUGUACUUUGCUUGUCUCUAGAUGUAACAUUGGAAUGAGGGGCUCCUGCGAGACCUGGAUAUAUAUUUGUACACUAUAUGGCAUUGUCACACACGUUGCUUUACUUAGCACUCCCUUACUAAACAGAAAUCAAAUUCAAUUGAUAUCCGUGUGGAGCCCUCUUAUUCCAGUGUCUACAGUAUAUACUCAAGUAAUGAAACCUUCUAGUGGUCACAUAAAAAUUACUUAAUAUUUCAAUUCAAUAUUGUAGAGUAAAACCUAUUUAUCAAGAGCACUGUCUUCAGGGACUGACAUAUGCUGUCCUUAUUAGGGAGGUGCCCUGAUUAUAGAGGUCGGAUGCAUAGAUCUGAUGCUUCCUGAAGGUGCGUUCUGUGCAGGAGAGCUCUUUUACAACUUUUGUCACCAGUACUAAAAAUCAAAUGUGAUAGAUGAAGAGUGUACUGUGAUUUGCACUGGUCUUGUAUAUUUUAUGUAUCGAUCUAAUUUAGUAUUUCAGUAUUCUGUGAUAAAGAAUUGGCAGACUAAUCGAUUGGGGGCACAAAAUUAGGUUUUAUAAGUUUUCUUUAAAACUUCCUUAGCUCAGUUUGAGUGUCUGUCUUUGACUUUGAAUGAAAAUGGGUAUUCUGUUGAAAUGUCACUACUAGAGCAGUGUUUCAAACUCAUCCAGUUUGUCACAUCAGUGCUGAUGGUACAAUUUAGACCUUUGUUAGUGAACCAUUUCAUCAUUAGAACCCAUAUUGUUCUGUAUACCUUUGAGUACAAUAUGAUGAAUGAAUAAAUGUUAUUAGUUUUAAGACAA